AUGUUUUGGAUUGAAAAAUCUAGAACUCAAUGGCACUCUGAUGGUGACAUGAACACUUCCUACUUUCACACCAUUGCUAAAAUUAAGGAUUCCAAAACCAACAUUACUUUUCUGAUGAACAAUGAUAUUUUCAUUAUGGAUCAUGUGGAGAUGGUUGAUCACACUGUUUCAUAUUUCACUGACCUUUUCUGUUUUGCAGGUACUUCUUUUGAUAACUCCAUUAUAUAUGACAUGAUUCCCUCUUUAGUGGACUCUAGCAUGAACAAUUUCCUCACAAGUAUUCCUUCUGCUGAAGAAAUAAAAGUUGUUGUCUUUAACCUCAACAAAACUAGUGCUCAUGGGCCGGACGAUUUCAGAGGUUUUUUCUAA